AUGGCGGCAUACCAGAUCCCCACCGAGGUCAACACGAUGUCGGUAUUCACUACCGAGGAUCUCGGAUACAGCUGCGACCCACUGCAGAGUCGCGAGAAUCUACGCGAGCACUUGGAUGGCGCAUGCUUGGCCGUCGACGAUCACAAGCACUUUUUGAAAGACGAGCUCGCGGAGCUACUCAACACACCCCGCUACAAACGGGUUGCAUCCUUCUACGAUCGCGAUCCGUCCAUUUUUGACUGGUACUAUUCGGUCUACGCGUGCGAAUCCUGCGACGGUCCAACGAACACGGUUGCCGCUAUAGUAUGCGGCCAAGCCACUCCCAAAGGACAGGUAGUAAUAGUCAAAGACUGUCCGGCACACAAGUGGGAUUGCUUGAAGACGGGUGUGGACGCAGACGAGGUGGCUAAAACCUUGUGGUAUUACCACAAGAGUGGGGUGUCGGCGGAGGCAGAAUUUGCUGAGCGUACUCUGCUUCGCAUACUGAGCUCGUAA